AUCAUCUGCGUGCGCCGCGGCGGAGUUGAGUGAAUGUUGAGUGAAUGUUGGGAUUGUGGAUGUAGUUAUGAGUGCCGUUCACCGGGCGUUAAAGGAACACUUCGGAUUCGACCAGUUUCGGUCUCAGCAGCAGGAAGAUGCCGUGACAGCAGUGCUAAAGGGUGACAGGGAUGUGUUUGUCCUCAUGCCCACUGGAGCAGGGAAGUCUCUGUGCUAUCAGCUGCCUGCUCUUCUGGCCAGUGGCAUCACUCUGGUCAUCUCGCCUCUGAUCGCGCUCAUCCAGGAUCAAGUGGAGCACCUGAAAGCUCUGAAUGUUCCUGCACGCUCCAUCAACUCCAAACUUCCCUCGGCUGAGCGGCGUCAGAUCCUGGCGGACCUGGAGAGCGAGAGUCCUCGGCUCAAGCUGCUCUACAUCACGCCAGAGAUGGUGGCGUCCCCGUCCUUCCAGCCCUGCUUGAGCUCGCUGUGUGCGCGGGGUCUGCUGGCGUAUCUGGCUGUGGAUGAGGCUCACUGUGUCUCUCAGUGGGGUCAUGACUUCAGGCCGGACUAUCUGAAGCUCGGGAACCUGCGCUCCCGUCUGCAGGGGGUUCCCUGUGUAGCGCUGACGGCCACAGCACCCAAGAGAGUGCAAGAAGACAUCGAGCGCUCGCUGAAGCUGCGCUCGCCACUUGUCUUUGCCAUACCUGUUUUCCGUAAAAACUUGAAAUAUGACGUGAUAUUCCGGGAUCUGUUGCCUGAUCCUUAUGUGCACUUGCUUGCGUUUGCCAAAGAGGCUCUGGGUGGAAAUACAGCGGAAAAGGGCUGUGGGAUUGUUUACUGUCGCACCAGAGAGAGUUGUGAGGAAGUGGCACAUAAACUGACUAAACUAGGAAUCCCAGCCAAGCCCUACCAUGCAGGGCUGAAGGUGGGCGAUCGCAAUGAGAGUCAGACUGAUUGGAUGGCCGAUAAAGUGCCUGUUAUUGUGGCCACCAUCAGUUUUGGUAUGGGAGUGGACAAGGCCAAUGUCAGGUUUGUCGUUCACUGGAAUCUGGCGAAGUCUUUGGCCAGUUACUAUCAGGAGUCGGGACGAGCUGGACGUGACGGACUGCCGUCGUCCUGCAGGAUAUACUACUCACCCAAAGACAGAGACCAGCUCAACUUCCUCAUCCGCAAAGAAAUCGCCCGUAAACAGGAGAAGCGAGGAUCAGAGAACGAGAAGGAUAAAUCUCCCAUCCUGGACUUUGAGGCAAUGGUUGCUUUUUGUGAACAAGAAGGGUGCAGACAUGCCACCAUCUCACAGUUUUUUGGCAAUCAGAAGCCAAACUGUGCCGGCGCGUGUGACUUCUGCCGUGACCCCAGACUCGUGCGCGCUCAGCUGGCGAGAGCAGCCGCCCUCAGCACCAGAACCGGCCCGGCACAGAGCGCGGAGCCCAGGGGGCCGUUCGGCUUCGACCCUGAACUGUACGCGGGAGGCAGGAAGGGUUACGGCAUUGAGAGAUGUGAUGAGGAAUGGGGCAAUGAGGAAGAUGACUCCGAGAAGAGGAAGAAAGAAUUCGGAGAUAUCUUCAGGAAACAGAUGAGCAUGAGAAGGACUUCAGAUGUGGCUAAAGAGACGUUUGUUCCACCAGAUGCUGACUGCAUGUUGAGGGAUGCCAGCAGUCAGAGAAUCCCCAGACUCACAGUGAAGAGCAGGGAGCACUGCCUGUCUCUUCUGCAGGAGUGUCUUACCAAUCAUAGGGGGGCAGCAGAGAUUUCACACAGCUCUGACACACUUGAUCAGGCUGUAGAAAUAGAGCACGAGAUCUUCAGAGGCAGUAAAUCAGCAAACCUGUACAAGGCUUCCGUUCUCAAGAGAGUGUCAGAGAUGAAGAAAAGUGCAGCUGCAAGUGUUGCUGAAGAGAAACAGUCUGAAUCGAAUGAAGAGACGGCGACCUGCUCUUCAUCAUCUCAACCUCUAGACGGCUUCACUUCAGCCUCUCAAGUCUACUCACUGAAGAGGAAGCGUGUAGGAGCGGGAUUUCGUGGCUCGUCCAGCCUGUUUCAGACAGCUGGAGAUCUGCUGAAAAACUCUCAGAAGGAGACGCUUGCCACGGACAAAACACCUGGAGACCCCAUCUGUGAGGAAGAGGAGGUGGAAACAGGAAAAACACCGAAGAUGAAAAGCAGUAAAACAACUCCUGCUGACUCGUCUCCCAUCAAAGCCAAAACCAGCACGACUUCCUCCCUGAGCAGCCCCAGUAAAAGACUCACUAAGAAACAGCAGAAACUAGCAGAAGCGGCCAAAGACAUGCGCCGUAUAUCACAGUAUUUCGGAAAAAAGCAAGUGGACACCACUCAGACGAAAGCAGGAAGUGUUAUAUCAGAGCCUGAGGAAGAAAGAUCUCAGAAUCACUCUCCUUUACCAAAUCACACCGACUUAAUAACAAAGAAUAGCACGUCUACAGAUGUAGAAAGCGUCUCAGAGAAUGUCACUGCUGUUCUUCUGCAAAAGAGUCCAUCUGCAGAAGAGACGGCCAGCCGAGACGGGACGCCCGUGAACACUGAGAUCACAGCGGUUCAGGGAGAGACUCACGAAUCUGAUGCCCACGGAAAAUCACCAAAACAAUCACAUGAGAACGGAUCACCGUCUCCUCCGGCGAAACGCAGCCACGUGAUGAAGGACACUAAGAGAGUGACCUUUGACCCGGUGGUGCAGGAGACGCAGUUUGACACAGUGAAUGGAGACGCCGCUGAGAUCUCACAAAAGCCUGUGACACUCAAAGAAGCUGCUGAUAUCGUGGUGCGAUGCCUGGAUCCGUUCUACAAAAAGGGCAAAUUUGCAACAAAGGAUUUGUUCAAAUCCUUUGCCCGUUUCCUCUCCCAUCUUCUCACGGAGGGAAAAACUGCAAAUCGAGGCCAAGUGAAGAUGGAAGCAAAGAGCCUCAUCAAGGGCUUCUUCAGCAGGAUUCAGCGCUGUGAGAGCGAGACAGAUUGGAGACACUUGAAAGUCGAGGACAGAUAGCCAUCUUGGUCAUUAUGUCCCUUCAUCCAAACCUCUGGAGCUCCACCGAUCCCUUUAUUGUCAGAGAUGCCGUGUGUUUAGCAGCAUGCUGCUGUAUAUCUCAGGUGUAUGGUGGCGGCCUACAUUGCACAUUAAUAUGAACUGCUAUGAAAAAUGCUGUUUUAUUUUUGAAGUCAAGCAACAGACGCCAUAACAUAGCUGUUAUGUAGCAUUAGUUGCUUAUAAAGCACUCAAAGUAGUAUGAGCUGUAAUGAAAACUACAUUAAAAGGCAAAUGUGCACAAAUGGAAGAAUUCAUGCUGAGUAAUUUAUGGGGCGUAAUUGGUAAGUUGCUUGUCUUUGCUUGUCCGGUUUUUCCAGCAGCCUCGGUUGCCGAAAUAUUUUCCACAUUCAUUUUCUCCACAGGGAUUACAAAAGAUUCCUACAUGUUUAGGCCAUGAACCAAACCAACCAACUCCCAGAUGAAUCACAACAAUAGAUGUGUCCCAGUUUGCAUACUUAUGUACUAUUCUAUGUCAUUUUGUAGUAUUAAUAGUGCGAUUAGUUUAUAAUUCCAAAACAAAAAAGCGCAUGCAAAUACCAGAUUAAUGCACUUAAUUCGAUGAAAAAAUGAAGUGUGGAAAUGUUGCAGCUUUAAUUACUUCAUGGUGGAGGAGGGGCUCCAAUCAAUCAGAUGUUGGAUGACAAAAGAGCCUUAUAACAUUCAUACACUAGACGGUAAAGUCCAUAGUGUAUAGUGUGUCAUUUGGAAAGCAAACUAUUGUAAUCUUGUACUUUUGACAUCUUUUAUGAGUGCAAGAACU